AUUUGCCUGAGUUCCCAGAUCUAGCUCCCAGAGAUUAGCCCAGAACACAGCACAACUUCUUUUGGAUACAAGUCACAAUUUCUAGGGUCGCCAUGCUGACUUACCUGACCAUCGUGCUCUGUCUGGCCGUCUGCACCAUGCAGCAGAACCUCUACCCCUACGACCAGACGGCUCUCGCCAUGUUUAAAGAGAUGGACAUUGGCGGGAACGGAGUCUUUGAGCGCUACGAGCUGGACAUUGUAUUCAGGGAGUAUGACAGCAACAACGACGGGCGAGUGACCAGACAUGAGUACACCCUCUACAUCGACACCCACAACCCCGAGCUCCACAAGAUCUCACACCAGCUCUACGACAUCUACGACGUCGACGGCGAUCACCACCUCGACAUGCACGACUACGACAACUUCUACACGCUCAUGGAGGGGGACGGUGACGGUGUCGUCUCGCAGGAUGAGUUUGUAAGGUAUUGGACAGUUCUCCUACAAAAUCUGGACAACUAAGCAAAGUAAAAUAACUUAAUCACAGCUCACCAAACCGAAAUGAAACUAACACAGAAAACUACGAUUUAAAAAAGAUAUCUAAUUUUAGGAACUGAGAAGUUACAAUUAUUCUUUUUUUUUGUUCAUCUUUAAAGUUCAAUAAAAUGAGGAUCCCUA